AUGACGGACCCUCAGAGACGGACCGGAGGUCGCAGAAGCUCGGGGCUUCUAUUGAACGCGCCGGCGAGUCGCGGGGGAGAAGCCCGGGCGUUAUGCGAUGCACUGAAGAAACUCAGCGCGGUGACGCGAGCGAUAUCCGCUAACGUGCGGCAUGUCAACUCCAGCCUAGAGAGGUGAAUCUUGGCCAGGAUUGGUUUAGCGACUUCCGGGGGCGGGUCCUAAUCUCUGUAAGCUGAUUGGCUGUUGAGCUGUCAGUAAUACUGGGAAGGAUAGAAUGCUUGCUGGAGUUUAGAGAGCUGUAUUCUGUUUGGGUUUCAUUCAAAUUUUGGUCUUUUGAUACCUAGCCCUGUCUAUGGGAUGAGGGUAAUUACAAUGGUUUUAGAUCUUCAGCGUCCCAGCUGUUAUGUGUUCUGUUGGUUCUAAUGUUUGAUCAACAUUAGAUCAUCAUUGUAAAUAAUUUGAGGUUUAUCUACAAGGGCUGGAUGGGUUGAAGUCCAAAUAAAUAUAGUUAUCCCUGUGUUUAAAAUACAAAAUUCAGGCCCUUUAUUCAACAUUUCAGAAUGGAGCAGCCUACAGUCUGAAUUAAGUUUGGAGGCCUGUUCCUUUUUUUUAAAUUUUAUUUUAUACUAUUUUUAUUGAAUUUCACUAAAACUAUUUUGUGAAUGUAAGAGAAUAGUAUAAUGUUGGAACCAGUUGAAAUAAUAUGUUGGUAACAUAAAGGGAGAAAGUGGUUUUAGGGGGGGAAACCAUAUGAGGUGAUAUAUGACAGAACUGCCAUUUGCUAGAUAAUGAAUGAGUUUGAAUAGUCAAAAAAUGUCAUAUGCGUAAGGAGAUGUAAAAGAUAGAGUUGCAACAGAUAAAGGAAGAUCAAAGUUAGUUCCAAACGUGUCCAAUAAGAUCACUGCAAAGCAGCACAGUUAUCUAACUAGAAACUUGUCCACAGAUAAUGGGCUUAUGUGUUGCAUAAACAACAGACCAGUUUCUGGCAUUGAAGUAAAAUGGGUUUUGAGUAACCAGAACAACUGCGUCUCUGUUGUCUAAUACGGUCUUAGAUUUGGGCAAGUCCACCAAACGUCAAUGCUUUCCUAUGGGAAUUUCACUGAGGCUGGAUGUCCUCAUGCAGAGAAUAAGGACGUCCAGCGUCAUUUAAGGACCCAGAGUCCGGUAAACUGCCGGAAGCGCAUUUAGUGGCAUUAGUCUGGUAGAGAGCUACUAGAGGGCAUCUUUGCACUAGUUUCUCAAAACACUUUAUUUUUUUACACUGCAGAACUAUGGGGGGCAGGGACAUUGCACCCAGACCACUUCAAUGAGCUGAAGUGGUCUGGGUUCUUAUAGUGUCCCUUGAUUUUUAUCCCAUGCAUUCCAGGAUUGCCAAAACAACCUCACUAGCAGUAUUAUAUGUAUUCGACAGUGCAACAUUUUUUUUACAAAACCACCAUAUUCUAACUGUGGUAACAGUGGGAGAAUAUGGCUAUCACUUCUGAUUUAUUGUGGCAUACAGUGUGUUUACACUUGCAAGUAGCUGAUCAUCUGUAUAAACGGUGUCAGUGUAUCAGCCAAGAUUCAUGCUACUUACUGAAGUGCUUUGGGAGUUAACAGAGUAGCUUGUUAUUCACCUUAUAAAAGUGUUAAUUUUAAAGAGAAAUUGGCACAUUUUAUAAUAUUGAAUCAACUGAUUCAGUGCUUUCUAUGAGAUGAAAUGCAGGCAAAGAGCAUCUGCUUCUGUGUCCCAUAGAUUCUCCAUUAUACUUCACUAUUGAUCCUUUAUUUAUAGGCAUUGGGGGUUAUAAAUAUAUACAUUUGUAAUGCUGGUAUGUAUGUUUUUUUAAUUAGGUUUUUAUUUUCACUACAAAUUCUUAUGUGGAAGCCAAUACUGAAAUAAAGGUUAUAAUGCCACUUUAAUUGACCCUUUAUAAUUUGUUUAAUAAUUGUGAAGAUCCUAUAUUUGCAUACAUAAGUAUAAUGAAUGUUUUGGAUAUGCAAAGAUAUUGAAAGCAUAGUUGUAAUAUUGUAAUGUUGACCUGCUUCAUAAUGAACCACCAUAGAAUAACACUGGCGUUAUAGCACAUAACUUGUCAUAAAGUUGAAUAAAUUCUGUAAUUAUUUAAUUUUUGAAAAUGGUCAAUUAAGUACACAAAUGGUCUUACUGAAACCAUUAUAUCUUUUUUCACUCAGAAUUUUGCUGGAUAAACAGGACAUCGAAGAACUAGAGACAAUGCUUGUAUGUAUGGACACGUUAUUUCAGGAUUAAAAGGGGACAUUUAAUAUUCUGUAAAAUAUAUAUAUAUAUAUAUAUAUAUAUAUAUAUAUAUAUAUAUAUAUACACAUUUUUCUGUUAUUUAUUUCAUUUUUAUGCAAUAUGUUCCUUUAAAGGACAACUUCCACCUAAAAGUAACGUUGGGCCAAAGUAAUGCUUUUUUAUACUUUAUUCAAGGGAAAAGUUUUCUGUUUUUGUUCUUUUUCUUAAUAGUGUCAAUGUAAAAUUUCUAGCAAAAUGCAUUUUCCAUCACGGACAGCACAUGAUGUAAUCUCUCAGCACCCUGUACUCUCUACGAGGCAGUGCAGUCUAACUGGGGUGAUUGGUGGCCAUUUUGUUAUUGCCAUACGCUGUGUGUUCCACCUGCACUGUGCUCUGGGGCUGGAGCCUAUGUCUCUCAGAACACUCUGUUCAGAGCACAGGUAGGUUACCGGCUGUCAGGCGGAAUACACAGAUUGUUCUCAAUGGGAAGCCUCUGUGCUGGAACAGCAAGUGCAUGCAAUCACGGCUUUCUUAUGCUUCUAAGUGAGUUGUAUUAUAUGUUUGGAGUACUCCUUAAUCAUUCCAUGGGUCUAUUGGCUGUGUAUUCUAUAGUAUUGAAAUCAGGCUGCUUUGAUUUAUAUACUCAAUUUAUCCUCUGUCUUGGUGAGAAUGGCUUGCACGUGUAACAUAAAACGGCUUCAGCAGUGGACCAUACUAACAUAUUAUUUCAUCUCCUAGAAUUCUCUGCUGCUGGAGAAAAUGUGA